GGCUGGGCCACGAACGGGGACCGGGACCGUGGGUCGGACGGAGCAGAGGGGACCGGGGUAGCGCCAGGGAGCGGGGCACGGGAGCGGGGCUGUGCCAAGGGGACGGAGCAGGUGCGGACACCGGCGGCGCAGCCUUAGAAUAACGAGGGUCCCCGGUGCGAGGAGAAGAAGGACCGGGACUGGGAGAGAAGCGUCCCCGGUCCCAACAGGCGGUGACUGGAGAGGUCCCGGGACCAGAACCGCGGCGUUUGGAUAAGGGGGGGUUCCGGUACCGGAGAGCGUGGAGAGGAGGCGGCACCAGAGCGCGGGGCUUAGACGGGAAGGGGGAGCAAGACUGAGAUCCCGGUGCCGGUCCCGGGGCAGCCUUAGGAACCGGGUGCCAGCGCCAGGGCAGUGCCCGGAGCUGGGUGCCGGUGCCCGGUGCUGGGACGCCGUUCUGCCAGGGCUUUCCCUAAGGCUGGGGCUGUGUCGGGGACUUCCCGGGACCGGGGUGCAGGCGAGGGGGUGCUGAUACCGUGGGCGCGCAACCGGCGGCGCUCCGAGUGGGUGGCGGCACCGGCGGGGGGGGUACGGGGCGGGGGGGUGGUCAGCCGUCCCGAGCGGCCACGGAUCCCGCAGCAGCGACGGGACCGUGGGUGUGAGAAGGAAACGGAGCCGACCCGCCCCUGGCACCGCGACCAUCUAAAAGCCCCGGGGCCGCCACACCGGGACCAUGCCCGCCCCAGCCGCCCGUGCCCCCGGCGACUGAGCGGGACCCGCGGAGGCAGCGGGGCCCGGCGGGCGGGAUGCCCCGGUGGAGGCCGCUCGCCCUCGUCCUGCUCGGGCUCGCCGCCUCCCUGCUGGCCGCGCCGGUGCUGGGCUGCGGCCCGGGUCGGGGCCCGGUGGGGCGGCGGCGGCUGGGGCGGCGGCAGCUUUCGCCCCUGCUCUACAAGCAGUUCGUGCCCAACGUGCCCGAGCAGACGCUGGGGGCGAGCGGCAAGGCGGAGGGCAAAGUGCUGCGGGGCUCGGAGCGCUUCAGGGAGCUGGUGCCCAACUACAACCCCGACAUCAUCUUCAAGGACGAGGAGAACACGGGGGCGGACCGGCUCAUGACCGAGCGCUGCAAGGAGCGUGUGAACUCGCUGGCCAUCGCGGUGAUGAACAUGUGGCCGGGGGUGAAGCUGAGGGUGACAGAGGGCUGGGAUGAGGACGGCCACCACCUCCCCGACUCUCUGCACUACGAGGGCCGGGCGCUGGACAUCACCACGUCCGACCGGGACCGCCACAAGUACGGCAUGCUGGCACGCCUGGCCGUGGAGGCCGGCUUCGACUGGGUCUACUACGAGUCCAAGGCGCACAUCCACGUCUCUGUCAAAGCAGAUAACUCGCUGGCCGUCCGCACCGGCGGCUGCUUCCCCGGCCACGCCACCGUGACGCUGCAGAGCGGCGAGCACCGGGGCCUGGCCGAGCUGCGCCAGGGCGACCGCGUGCUGGGCGCCGAGCCGGGCGGGCGCCUGGUGCCCACCGAGGUGCUGCUCUUCCUGCACCGAGACCUCGGCCAACGCGCCUCCUUCGUGGCCAUCGAGACGGCCAGCCCAGCCCGCCGGCUGCUGCUCACCCCGUCCCACCUGGUGUUCGCCGCCCGCGGCGUGGGCAACGGCUCCGCCGCCUUCCUGCCCGUCUUCGCCCGCCGCGUGCGCCCGGGCGACGCCGUGCUGGCCCGCGGGGCCGGCGGGCAGGGGCUGCGCCCCACGCGGGUGCUGAGGGUCUCUCGGGAGGACGGCGUGGGGGUCUUCGCCCCGCUGACCUCGCACGGCACCUUGCUGGUUAACGGGGUGCUGGCGUCCUGCUACGCCGUGCUGGAGAGCCACCGCUGGGCGCACCGGGCGUUCGCGCCACUCCGCCUCUUCCACGGGCUCCUCUCGCUGCUGCCAGCCCGCCCCGAGGUGGGCAACGGGACCGUGCCGGAGGUGGGCAUGCACUGGUACUCCCGCCUGCUCUACCGGCUGGCCGGGGGCGUGCUGGGCCACGAGGCCCUGCAGGUUUAGGGGUGAGCACCCCCCCGUUUCUGGUGGGUGCUCCAGCCCCGGGCACCCCUCGGAGCUGGGGAGGAGGGACAGGGGCACCCCCGGUGCUGUGGGGAGGUUGGGGCUCAGCACUGCCCCGGGGCACGGGGUGGCACAGGGGUCUGGCUCUGUCCUAAAGCGCCCCAGACCCCCCUGGUAUUUAUUGCUUUAUUAACCACUGCGCUGGGGCUGGGGUUGGUGCCUGGCAAACCCCAGCCAGGCAGCACCAGACCCUGCCCUGGGGCCAAAUCCAGCUGGGGGGGAUGGCAAAAAUCCCCCCAAAACGGAGCACCUGGCAGCAGUUCCUGCCUGUCCCCUGCUCUGGGUCUGUCCCUGUCACCCACAGUGUCCCUGCACCCCUGGGUGGCUGGGUGGGUGUCUGCAGCGGGCACGGGGUGUCUGCCACGGGCACCCCGUGCCAGGUCCAGCUCUAACCACGCUAACUGCUAACCCGCCCUGCUUGAGAGUUUUAUUUUUCUAUUUAUAAAUGGUAAUAUAAAUGUCCCCCAUGCCUGCCUGCCCCGGCAGCGGGGCUCACCCCAUGGGGCAGGGGGCAGCCUGCUUUUAACCACUUCAGUUUAAAAAACAAAAAAAAACAACAAAAGAAAUACUACUAUUUAAUUGUUUGGGAAAAUAAAGAAAGUCUA